AUGACUGCCCCAAGCGCCGCGUCUUCUUCUCGAGACCACUCGGUCGAAAACUGUCCUUUCUGCGGCUUUCGACCCGAGAGUGAAUAUCACCUCAGACUGCACAUGGAGGAACAGCAUCCUGAAGGUGGACCUUCGCCGUUUGUAGUGCAGGACCAAUCGAGCUCGGCUAGUCGACCCUCUUCAGAAGAUCACCUGGAAUGGGCAGCAUGUCCUAUUUGUGACGAGGUCAUUGCUUUCAUGGAGAUGGAUGAGCACGUGGAUCUCCACUCGGCAGAACAUGACGGCGAAAUGGCAACCACUUCUCACGGCAAUGAGCAAGGCAGAACUCUGCACACAACCAGGGAGUACAAGUCGCCCUAUGGAUCAAGUGAGGCCGACCAACUCGAAAUCAUCAAGCGCCAUGGACACGGCUCGGCAGAUGAGCGGCAUCAACGGCAUCGUCACCAUCAUUCGGGUACCAAGGAACAUUUCAAAAACUUUCUCAACUUGCCAGCCAUUACGAGAAAGCGCGCCUCGUCCCAGCCUCUGACUGAUGAAGCGCAUCCACAAAAGCAGCGACUUGGGAAAGCAGAACUUGGCCGGUUUGCCAACGAGGAUGCCAUGCCCGAUUGGCUGAUUACUCUACUUCGCCAAAAGGGACAAGUCAUACAGGGUGACGUGAUACCGAUUAUUGCCAGGCUUCUCAAGUCGAGUAGGGAUACACAGUAUGCCUACCUCUGCCAUCCCGCUGUUGACCACAUUUCCAAACUCAGAAAGGAAGGUGGUUUCUGUGGUUACCGGAAUAUUCAGAUGCUUGCAUCAUACGUAAUCGGUGCUCGAGCAGAAGGAGCCCAUGUCUUUGACGGGCACCUCCCCAGCAUCUUUGACAUCCAAGAAUUCAUCGAGGAAGCCUGGGAUCGUGACAUUAAUGCUGCAGGAAGGACCGAGACUGGUGGCGUGCGAGGAACACGCAAAUACAUUGGAACUCCCGAGGCGCAAGCCGUGUUUCUCAGUCUAGACAUUCCAUGCGAUGCUCAAGGUUUUAAGGAUCCGCACCCAGGCAAUGCAGAGGCUCGACUUGUUCAACAUAUCGAAAGCUAUUUUGAACAGGAAAACUAUGAUGUCUCCGACAAGGUCCGGCGCACACGGCUGCCACCAAUCUACUUUCAGCAUCGAGGGCAUUCCAUGACCAUUGUCGGGUUUGAAAAGAAGACCAAUGGCUCAAAGGAGUUGCUCGUUUUCGACCCAAUGUUCCACGACUCGGAUGCUGUCAUGAAGUUGAGAGGCAUGCAUCAUUCACGCACUUCAUCGGUUAAUGGCCUUUUGAAGCAAUACCGGCGCGGUAGCAGGUACCUCGGAAAGUAUACGGAAUUCGAGAUUCUUAAGCUGACAUCUCGACUUCCUGAUGCCCGAACCAAGGAAGAGGCUGCCAUGGGUAACUAUUCACCGUCGGGCAGACUCAAGGUCGCAUCUCAGAUGCUUCCGUAG